GUCAAUGAUGGACCGCAUAUAUGAUGGUGGUCCCAUCAGAUUAGUACCAUAUACCCUAGGUGUGUAGGAGGCUAUACCAUCUAGGUUUGUGUAAGUACUGUCUAGGAUGCUCACACGAUGGCGAAAUCACCUAAUGAUGCAUUUUUCAGAAUGUAUCCCUGUCGUUAAGUGACGCGUGACUGUGUAAUCUUCUAAACAACUCUUUGCCAGCAGUGAUAACUCUGUGUUACUGAAGAAGAAAUAUAUCUUUUAAGAGGUUAAAUGAUUGUCCAAAGGUACGCAGCUAAGAUGGGUCUUACGACUCCAGUGUUCUUUUCUCUGUAGCAGAGUUGUUUGGUAGCAGAAUGUGCCAGCUUCCUCACGUAAUUUCCCUUGGCACAGUGUCAAUAGUAUAUUUCUUUCUAAGUAAUCUGAGAUUACUGUAUCGUAGGAGUUGUCUCAAAAUGCUAUGUUUAGCAAAGGCACAUAAUUUUUAUUAGUAAUACUUUUUAAUGUUUUUAAAUGAUACUUCGGAAAGUACUUUUUAAGACAUUAUUUUAAGAUGGAAAGACAAUUAAAAUUCAUUAUUCUCUUUCAUUGCAGUUAAUAGUAUUUAACGCCAGUAGUUUUAAAUGAAAGCCAAAAAUUCAUAAACUAUCUUUAGACAUUUUAGUUAGGCUUAUUUUGUAAAGGAUUUGGAGAAAUUAUAAAAUUAGGUUUUGUCUUAAAGAAAUAGAUUGGAAUGAAAUAAUUAUCUUGAAUAUUAUAAAACUUGACAGUACUUCAGCUUUGUUGAGAAAUAUUUGAAUCAUGAAAUACAUGAGUUGGAUUUUAUAUUUAAGGGGAAUGAUCUAUUAUGUAAAAAAGAGGUUAUAAAACAGAAUAUAUACUGUUACAAAUAUUAUUUUAAAGAGUGUACUUUUUAUGAAUUUAUAGUAGUAUAUAAAUUUUAAAAACUCUGGAAGCUUAUAUACCAAAUGGUAUCAGUAGUUUUAUAUUAUGUGUUUUCUAAUUAAAAGAACAUGUACUAAUUAAUUAGAUAAUAAACAGUAGAAAUAACUUAAAAGUUAAGGGAUUAAAACUAUUCCUAAUCUGUUACUAAGUUCAAUGUAUAUGUUAUAUAUUGUUUUAGAUACUUAUUUUUGUCCAAAUGGAAAAGAAAAUAAGUGUUCUUGAAGCCAGCAUAGCAGAAAAUAAAGCCUGUUUGAAGAGGACACCUACGGAGGUUUGGAGGGAUUCUCGAAACCCUUACGAUAGAAACAGGCAGGACAAAGCUCCUGUUGGACUAAAGAAUGUGGGUAAUACUUGCUGGUUUAGUGCUGUUAUUCAGUCAUUAUUCAAUCUUUUGGAAUUUAGAAGAUUAGUCCUGAAUUAUAAAGCCUCCAUCACAUGCUCAAGAUUUACCCCGAAACCAAAAGAAAGAAAGGAGGAAUUCAGCCCUCCACAGAAGCAAAAGAAACUGCCCAAACAAGAGCUAAAGUUCCCAGGAAGGUGGGUGCAGCAGAGAAAUUACAUUGAUACCCAGCACCUAACACAAGCAACAUUGCUAAAUUCAUCAGAGUGUGGUGCCCUUUCCCGUAGGAGCAGUGUUGUGGCCACUGGGCUCGCAAAUCAUUAGGAAUAUCUGGCACCAUCUCAGCACCUUGGAAAAUCAAGUACCUGAAUGGUUAGAAGAUAAGAUUGUGAGACUCCUCAAGAAUCUCCUUUUACCACAUCAUCACUUAUGAGCCAAAGGAAAGGAUUUGGACAGAAAUUAGGGUUGAAGCUGAUGAGACUAAGCUAUGGAGUAACAGGAGACCUGCGGGCAAGUGUCACCUGGAAGAUACUUCGAUGCCACCAUCACCCUCCAAGCUGUCCCAACUGUAGCUUGGAUGUCAUAUAUUACCCACACCCCCUUUCAUUCCCAUACCCAUCAGAUCCCAUGAAUUUUAUCUUUAAACUACCUCUCCUGGGCCCUUUCUCUCCAUUCUUGCUGCCAACGUCCUCUCAUAUGCUGUCAGCUGAUACCUAAAUUAACAAAGCACCUUAGUCCCCAGAUGCUCCCAUCCCAUCCAUUCUGCACAGUGCAGCAAGAAAAUUGCUUCCUGACUCUUCUUUCCUUAGAUUCUCCACCGCAUGGGAAUGAGCCAGGAAAAGCCUGAACUUCUAUGACUCACUUUUAAAGACUUGCACAGACUAAACCACCUCAACAACCACCCACUUACCCACUAAACUUCACCUCACCUCUGUUCAACUCAGGGUCAUCUCCACAUCCCACAAGCCUACCCGCUCUAUUCCACCACUGAACCUCCCUUCACUGAAAUGCCCUCACCUGUUCUUUCCAAACCUACCCUCCUUCCAAGCCCAACUCCAGUCUCAUGUGUUCAGUGAAGAUUGUCUUUAAUACACCAACCCACGUGAAUCUCCUGUUCUCUGAGCAUUGCAAAUACUUUGGUGAUUUUCCUUUAAUGCAUAUUAUAUCAUAUACUACUUUACCUAAAAUCUAUCAACACAACCCCAUUGCCCACAGCAUUAAUUCCAAUAUACUUAGCAUGGAUUCUAGGUCCUUCUUGAACUGGCCACUGCCUAUUUUUGCACCCUUAUUGUCAUUCCCUAAAUGAACAUAAUACAGCUAUUUCCUAACUCAAGGUGUCCUUUCUCCCUUUUGUGUGUUUGGUAUUCCUUCCUCUAUAUUGCAUGAAGAUCCUCACCUCACUGUAAGAAUAAUAUAUUCUCCCCCUCUUGCUCCUACAGAAAUUUAUCAUACUUCUUUUACAGCAAUUAAUAGAUUCUCUAUAAUUGCAACUCUAGUGUCUAUAUCUAAGAAAUAUACUAUCCUAGUAUUCAAAAUCAUCUGCUUAAUAUUUUUCUUGAACCUUUAUUACUGAGUGCAUUUUGGUUGAUAAUAACAGCUAGUAUUUCAAUAGUACCAUGUGCCACAUACUUUAUGUGUUCUAUACACAUUAAUUCAUUCAACUCUACUGUGAUGUGGGUAUUACUAUUAUCACCCCUUUUAUAACAAAUGAGAAAAACAAGCCCAGAUAACUGGUCUAAGGUUGCACAGCAGUGGAGCCAAGAUUUCAAUCCAAGCAAUCUAACCACAGAUCCUAUGCUGUCUAACCACUGCCCUAUACAAUUUCUAGGAUUACAACACGUAAAUGUAGAGCUGAAAUUAAAUAUGCCCUUUUGUUAGAAGUCCAAGUUAUAUGUGUUCACCAACGCAUACAAAUAUUUCGUAUAUGAGUAUGAACUCGAUUUUUGAUCAAUUAGAGAAACUAAUGAAAAUAUCCUAGGAUCAAUCUGAGAGAUUACUCAGAGAUGAGAGGAAUCAUGAAGGAUCCAGUUUUUCCAACCUUCAUCCCUAACAGAAGGAAUAACUCCUGGCCUCCUCUUUGAAAGUCACCUUUUCCUCUUCCGUAAUUUCUGCCUUUUCUGUAUUUAUUCCUCUGUCUGAUACCACACCCCUCACCAAUCUUCAUCAUCUCCUGCACUGAACUGGUAAGAAAUAUCUCCUAUCUCCACACAAUGCAGCCUCAUCAAGAAUCCUAGAAAGAAAAUGUGACCAGCAUGUAAGUGCCUAAAUCAGUAUUUGAGCAUUUAGACUCUCCAUCAUGUGACCUGCUGGACUCUGGACCAGAGCAUAAUUAUAGACUGAAAACAAUGGCCAGGAUAAAUAUAAGAGAGAACUUGACGUGCUGAUGUGACUGAUCUCAGGGUGAAGUAGUGAAACGUCAAUUUCAGUCACGAGCUCCCCCCUUCAUAAUUCCCAAAUGGUAUCUCACAGAAUCCCAGAAUUGUAAAGUGCUUUAAAUUCAUCAAAUUUUAUAUUUUGUAUAAUUUUACACACAAUAAAAAUAUACAAAUAAGUUGAAUUAAUUAUUUAAAAAAUAUCUUCAAACCCAACCAGCUCAUUUUACAAAUGAAUCCUUGUGGCUCAAAAAGAGUAACUGAUUUCCCAACAUCCUAUGGCUGCUUAGAGACUUUGCACCUUACUUCUAGCCAUAUCACCUACCUUUAGAUCUGAAAAACUAGCAUGGUUUCCUUCUGCCUUAGAAUGAGGAAUUGGAUCAGACGGAUCUCAAAUACACUCAAGUGCCUCCAAUUUGGCAUGAAGUUAGCCACUCUGCUGGAACAGAUCAUUACUCCAGGAGAUGAUCUGGUUUUGGAAAACUGAGAUUGGAUGAAGCGUUGGAUUUCUCUCUGGGAAUCCUAGUCCCUGGACAAGCAGGGUUCCUUGGCUAAUAUUAUGCAACUAGUUGAUUUUUCACUGAAGUCCCCCAGUGAGCAAAGUCCAGGUCACACUCAGCUAUGAGUUGUGCUGAAAGAUUUAGAGACCUUGUACUCUGACCUCAUCUGUUCAUAAAAGAGAUGACAGAGGCUGAGAGGUUAACUGGCUUUGUGGGCCACACAAUAGAUAUUUCCCAGGUUACUAACCCAGAAAUCAGUGCUCUUUAAACAGCACUCAGCUGCCUUCUGAUGGUACUGGGCGGUGGUUAUUACUGUGAUUCAAGGAUCAGACUUUGUCCCUAACAUCAAAUCACCACUGUCCCUGGGAGCUUUUAGAAAAUGAAGUAGAUGAUGUCUACGAUGAAUCACAAAAAAACGGAAAUUCAGGUGAUCUGGAUCUAGGUUGAUAUUUGAAUUUAUAAUAUCUAAGAAAUAGACAAAUGCCACAAAAAGCAGAAAACUGAGAGAUUUUAAGAUCUUGAUUUUGAUGUAGAAAACCAGCCCACCCACUAAAAGUCCAAGGGUUAUGAUUCAAUGAUUAGAUCCUUGAACUAUUUGAAAUAAAUUAAGCUACACUAUAAUGAAGAGAACAACUUCCCCAUGGAAUUUCUUUUAUCUUGGGUGGAAGUUUGCCAAUUAAACUAUGACUUAGGAUAAGUCUCAGUUUAGUGAGAUUUCUAUAAAGUUUUUCACCCAAGAAUGAGGCAGUAAGAGAAGAAAGUUGAAGGAAAGACAUAAAGGGAACUUUUUCCAGACUGAAAUACUGAGAAUGGAAAGGAGGAUGAAUAGAGAAGAAAAUGAGCACUGGACAGGGAGCCAGGUCACUGGGCACUAGCUCUGGUUCAAUAAUUGAUUAGCUAUCUAACUUAAGCCACAUCGUUUCACCUCUCCACUUCUCACCCUCCCCUGUUCCCACUUCUAUAUAAAAUGGCAGAGUUGGGCUAGAUUAUCUCCAUUAUACUCUCCAUCUAACACUCAUGGAUUCAUGUAUAAGUUUCUUAGUCUCCCUGCACCUCAGCCUCUCCAUC